GUGAGGAGAAUGCGGCGGCGAUCGCGGAUGCUGCUCUGCUUCGCCUUCCUCUGGGUGCUGGGCAUCGCCUACUACAUGUACUCGGGGGGCGGCUCCGCGCUGGCCGGAGGCGCGGGCGGCGGCGGCGGCGGGGGCAAGAAGGUGAGCGCGGGUCCCGUCCCAGCCCCGCGGCCUCGGGCCGCGCCGCGCUCGCCGGGCCCUUCCCUCCCCGAGCGUCCCUGCGCCCGGGGCGGGGGCUCGCUGGGUCCCCUCUUCCGGACGUUCUCCCCUCGUCCGCCCCGCCUCCUCCUCCCCGCCGAGUCCCGGGUGGCGCCUGACAUUCCGUCUCCUCCGCUGGCAGUCCCCUGCUAGGUGUUUGCGGGGGCAUCUACGGGGAGGGUGCCCUGCUGUCCCCUUCACUCCCCUCCCCGGAAGAAAGUAACGAAACCCCAGAUCUGCCCUGGGGCCCGCGCCACGCACUCGCCACGGGUUUAAAAGCGGAGUUUUCCCCAGGGUCCGGGGCACACGCGGGCCCCUCUGCGGCGAGGCUGGGGGACUCCCGGGGAAGGGUGACAGGGCGCAGCGCCACCGCUAAGGGGCUUUGGGUUGGCAGGUUUCUUUCUUGCUCUCCCCUUCCUCCCCUCCCGGAUUGUUUCCCUUCCUCUCUGGGCUCCACAUAAUUUAAGUUGAUCCUUGUCCGGCUGCUGGAAGCUCCAUUCCAUUCGGUGGAGGACUGGAAUGAAAUUGAUGCAAUUAAAAAGAAAGACCUUCAUCACAGCCAUGGGGAAGAUAAAGCGCAAAGCGUGGAGAUCCUGCCUCCAGGGAAAGUUCGGUGGCAGGACUUUAAUCAAGAAGCCUAUGUCGGAGUAACGAUGGUCCGGUCUGGGCAGGAUCCCUAUGCCCGUAACAAAUUCAACCAAGUGGAAAGUGAUAAGUUGCGAAUGGACAGAAACAUCCCUGACACCAGACAUGAUCAGUGUCAGCGGAAGCAGUGGCGGGUAGACCUCCCUGCUACCAGCGUGGUGAUCACAUUUCACAAUGAAGCCAGGUCGGCCUUGCUGAGGACAGUGGUCAGUGUGCUUAAGAAAAGUCCACCUCAUCUCAUAAAAGAAAUCAUCUUGGUGGAUGACUACAGUAAUGACCCUGAGGAUGGAGCUCUCUUGGGGAAAAUAGAGAAAGUGCGGAUUCUUCGAAACGAUCGACGAGAAGGCUUGAUGCGCUCGCGGGUCCGUGGGGCCGAUGCCGCCCAGGCCAAGGUCCUGACGUUCCUGGAUAGUCACUGUGAAUGCAACGAACACUGGCUAGAGCCCCUCCUGGAGAGGGUGGCCGAGGACAGGACUCGAGUUGUGUCCCCCAUCAUUGAUGUCAUUAAUAUGGACAACUUUCAGUAUGUGGGGGCAUCUGCUGACCUAAAAGGCGGUUUUGAUUGGAAUUUGGUGUUCAAAUGGGACUACAUGACACCUGAGCAGAGAAGAGCCCGGCAAGGAAAUCCAGUGGCCCCCAUAAAAACACCCAUGAUCGCUGGCGGGUUGUUCGUGAUGGAUAAGUUCUAUUUUGAAGAACUGGGGAAAUAUGAUAUGAUGAUGGAUGUGUGGGGAGGUGAAAACCUGGAGAUCUCGUUCCGGGUGUGGCAGUGCGGAGGCAGCCUGGAGAUCAUCCCCUGCAGCCGCGUGGGACACGUGUUCCGGAAGCAGCACCCCUACACGUUCCCGGGGGGCAGUGGCACCGUCUUCGCCCGCAACACUCGCCGGGCAGCAGAGGUUUGGAUGGAUGAAUACAAAAAUUUUUAUUACGCAGCAGUGCCUUCAGCUAGAAACGUUCCUUAUGGAAAUAUUCAGAGCAGACUGGAACUUAGGAAGAAACUUAGCUGCAAGCCUUUCAAAUGGUACCUUGAAAAUGUCUAUCCAGAAUUAAGGGUUCCAGACCAUCAGGAUAUAGCUUUUGGGGCCUUGCAGCAGGGAACCAACUGCCUCGACACUUUGGGACAUUUUGCUGAUGGUGUUGUUGGAGUCUAUGAGUGUCACAACGCUGGGGGAAACCAGGAAUGGGCCUUAACAAAGGACAAGUCGGUGAAACACAUGGAUUUGUGCCUUACUGUGGUGGACCGAGCCCCUGGUUCUCUUAUAAAGCUACAGGGCUGCAGAGAAAAUGACAGCAGACAGAAAUGGGAACAGAUCGAGGGCAAUUCCAAGUUGCGGCACGUGGGCAGCAACCUGUGCCUGGACAGCCGCACGGCCAAGACGGGCGGCCUGAGCGUGGAGGCGUGCAGCCCGGCCCUGUCGCAGCAGUGGAAGUUCUCACUCAACCUGCAGCCGUAGGAGGGCCUGCAGCCCGGCACCUUCUGUCUGCUACACCAUCAGGCUGAGUUUGGAUGGUCACAUUAUUGAUUCUGUUUCUGAAACUUUCCACGGAACUAUAUACCUCAGUAUUCCAUCAUGGUCUGGAAGUCGGAGCGCUUCGGCAAGGCAGGGGGCGAUUCUGCAAACGUGGAAGAGGAGAGAAAAGAGGACCACUUUCCUUGUCUCCCCGGACACAGUGGCUGCCAGGUUCCCGCUCCGGAGGCCGGAGCCUGUCCCCCUCUCCUGUACUCGCUCCGACGGCUGAGUAACACCCCCAGCACCCACUGAUAAAGUGGCAGAAGAGCGACCCAAGAAACAGACACACUGGAGAUGAGGGCGGGCUGGGGACGGGUAGCCGCGAUGUCACACCGAGGACUGUUUUGAAAAAUCUCCAGUUUGGAUCCCAUCAAAAUCAGUUCUGGUUUCCACAAAACGGAAUCAUGUCAUUUUGCAGGUUUACAUCCCCCUCCCCUUGUCCUCCCAUUUUCCCCGCCCCUCCAUCCCGGCUGUCUUCCUGGUUCCUUGUCCCCCCCUCUUCCACGAAAUGUACUUGCUAUAUUUGAAGAUGAACUUUUCUAUGAUGGGACACUAAAUAUAAAGAUAUAUUAAGAAAGAGUUGAUGGUCCAUUCCCUAGGGUUUCACUAGCUCGUCAUCGUCGUGUAAAUUCUCCACAAAGCAGCUCACGCCCUUGAGAAGAGGAGAAGGGACUGGAGCCCUUGGGUGACUCUCCUAGAGGGUACAGAGCCUUAUCGGUGAGUAGGUGCUACUUUGGCCAGCUGGGUGGGUUCCCGACGGCCCGCAGCUGGCACUCGGGAGCCGAGAGGUGUGGAGGGUCCUGUCCUGGAGAUUCCGGAUUGGCUGGCCUCCUCCCUCUGGCAUCUCUUUUUGGCUUCAUCUUGAGAGUCGCUGCUGUAUCCUGGAAUUCACUUUGCGUGCUGUUGGUAUCUGUAAACCUUGUGUGGGUUACUUACUUUGAUAAAUAUUGCACUCGGUCAUUUUUAAUUAAAUUUCUGUUCUCUAAGGGGAAAAAAAAUAAAUAAAAAACCAAGCCCACGCUCCCACCAUGUGCCGGUGGUACCACUGCUGUCCUUCUCCAGUGGGGACAGCGAGGACAGACAGAUGACAUUAGGAAGCUGCCACACGGUAGCACUGGGCUAAUUGUUAUUUGAACCGCUUCACGUUGGGCUUUCAGAAUUAAUUGAGCUGCCAGCAAAAUGUCGGUGAUUAGUCUCUCAGCCUGAAAACAAACCUUGUUUGCAGCUUCUGUGUUAUUGAUGGCCCAGUGUGGUAGCAGUAUGCGGGCUCUGACAUUUGGCCCGCCCGCCCCAAGUCCCCAGCCACACAUCAGCGUUGUGUGUCUCCGUUCACUCCCAUUGCCCUCAGUGACUGCUUUGGGGAGCUUUUGGUAGAGAAUUAGGAAGGGCCAAAACAAAACAAAACAAUGCCAGCUAAUUUACAUGGAGGUCUCAGGGCAUUAAACAGGAGCCUUGCAAUGUAGAUCUCUGUCUGAACCACGAGACAGUUAGGAACUAAAUGUAAUCAUGAGAAGAAAUACCUGAGCGUUUGGAUUGUUGCCUGGGAGUGUUCGUGGGAGCCGUUGCAGUGACAAACCAGCUUCAACUCUCUACAGAGGAAUUGUUCUUUUCCUCACCCGCCCCCACACCCCCACACCCAUACCCAGUCUCAAGGUGGGUGGCCCAUCCAGCAGCCAACAGAGCUGCUGUGUGUUUCAGUGUGUUUUCACAAACCCACAUUUUUAUGACCCUCAUCAGGAACUGCUGAGGUCGUGGAGUUACAAGUGGCCGUGGACCAUUCUGCUGAGUUGACACGUUAGUCCAGGGCACUCUUUCCUGCCUGCUUCUCCUAGGAAAGGUGACGUUGUUGGUCUGUCGGCUUACACCGCAAAAGCCCACCUGUGUAGGCUUUAUGAUAGUUGGAAUUAUAGUGGAGACGAUAUUAGGUUGUCUUUAUCCUACAUAUUCUCCCUUUUUGCUCCCUGCCAACCUAACUGGUGUAGUUUGAGUGAAUGGGAUGACCACAUUGGGUUCAUUCUGUAUGUUCAUAUCUUUAGAGGCCAAUCUUGACUACAAAUAGGUCCCUGGGGGGAGUCCAAGGAGAAUCACCCUUAGGUACCUGUGCAAGGAACAAACCCCCACCUGGUGCACUGAACCCUGAUCGCCUGGGUCCUGGUGGCAGAUCCCUGUCACCUGUGAGCUACUACUGCUGUCAGAAAAAAAAAAAAAAAAGAAUCCCAUUGGUAUAAAAUAGAUCUAGCUUGUUUUUCAAUCAUGUCUCUUAUGAAUCCUCCA